AUGCUCACACCAAGUUGGGUAGAAAUGGCGAGCUCUCUUCCUCUGGAAACAGCGAUGUCCUGCCCGAGACUAGACGACAGGAGCGGGGCCACGGCUGCACCCAAGUCCCUGGCCUUUUCUAUCGACAGAAUCAUGUCCAAGACGUCGGAACCGAAAGCCGCAGCUGCGGAGGAGCGAUCCGAAGGGAAGAAGACGGUCGGCUUGUGUACACCAAUUCCCUGCAUGAUCCCGAUCCAACCGUUCAGCUACGACUUGCAGGCCAAGGCUUUAAUGAACUAUUCAGAGUUCUGGAAAGUUAAUUUCAGGGGAGCACUAUGCACUUCAGCGGCCAUGUGUAAAGCCAACUGCGGCGUUUGCAGCAAAGCGGACGCGGGGAUCAAGCACUCGGUGCUGCCGGGGAGCAGGGUCAUAAAACCGCAGGUGAUACACCAGGCGCUGGCUAUGCCCGCCAACGGAUCCUUGUGUUAUUUCAAUUACCUGGACUCUGCUUAUCAUCAGUCCGAGCUGCUGAGUGGACAUUUAUUUUCUUCGGCAAUCGCGAACUCUCAAGCACAAGCCAUAAGCGCGCAUCAGAAGCUCCUCUUGUUGGAGAACGCCAAACUUGCUUGCGUUUCUCCCGAGAAAUUCCCCACACCUCAGUACCCACAUAAAGAGCAUCUGCCCGGGCAACUGGACCAAAUCGUGCGGGAAAACCACAAUCUGACGGAGAAGAAUGGAGUGAAAGCGCACAGCAAAUCGAAUAACUGCUCUGCUGACGGGAAACCCAAGAACUUUACGUGUGAAGUUUGUGGAAAGGUCUUCAACGCGCACUAUAACCUCACUCGCCACAUGCCGGUACACACAGGCGCGCGGCCGUUCGUGUGUAAAGUAUGCGGGAAAGGUUUCCGACAAGCCAGCACGUUGUGUAGACAUAAAAUUAUUCACACACAGGAGAAACCUCACAAGUGUAACCAGUGUGGAAAAGCUUUCAACAGAAGCUCUACGUUGAACACACACAUUCGAAUUCAUGCGGGAUACAAACCAUUCGUCUGCGAAUUUUGUGGAAAGGGUUUUCAUCAAAAAGGGAAUUACAAGAACCACAAACUAACCCACAGCGGCGAGAAACAGUACAAGUGUUCAAUCUGUAGCAAAGCCUUCCAUCAGAUCUAUAACCUCACGUUUCACAUGCAUACGCACAACGACAAGAAGCCCUUUACCUGUGGGACCUGCGGGAAAGGCUUCUGCAGGAACUUUGACUUGAAAAAGCACAUACGGAAAUUGCACGAUAACGCUAAUUGUUUAUCCGGCGGAAACGAUUCUUCCAGAGGACACCAAAACUGA